UGCAGACGUCUAGAACGGCGGCGCGAUAACUCUUGGAGCUGCACUUUCUGGCAGUUUAAUUGGACAGUCGUGUGAUAUCGUCUUGGUGUGUUUUUCUGAGUGAAUACUUCGAAGAAGGUGUCCACUGUGUUUGAAUCGAUUUCGGGGAUUUUGUUGAGGUUGCAGAUGUUCGCUUAGUGGCUCCGAAGAUGCAUCGUUGGGAAGUUAAUAAGAUCAGUCUUCUGAAGUCCUCUUGAGGAGAUGGGAAAGAGCGACCCAGAGCCGAGCAACUCGAAUAUUUUCAUCCCAAAGGAAAAGUACAACACAGAAAUCUACCUUCGCGACAAGUACAAGACAUCACAAAACUACUACAACACAACACCAAACGACAGGUACACUGGAUACAAGAAGAGACCAAACUCAGAUCAGAGUGGAACCACUCAAUACGACUAUCUCAAACACAACCUUUUGAUCAAAUCCCGCGUUGGUACAGAUUGCGAGCUCUGGCAGUUCCAACAGAGGAAGAUCUCCUUCAGGAAUUACACGCCGAAGAUACUGAACCAAGAAGUUAAUAUGGGAAUGUGGAUUUUUAGGAAGGAUUGUGAGGAAGACAGUAGACGUUAAUGUAAGUUUAGUUCCACCCUAUACAUAGUCUCCAGCACAAAUCGAACCAGACCAGUUUUAGUGACCUGUAAGGAAGUGAGGGGGCCAAAAAUCGAUCCUUGGGGAACACCCAUCGCGCAAUGUGGAAAUAUUGGUUUUGAAGAAGUUAUAGUAGGAGAUUUUGGACAUGUCUGGAAUAGUCACAGCUAUCGGAACUCUGGUCAGUUUGUCGACCAGUCCAGUGACCAUCAUUGGUUUGGUACCUGUUUUUGCUGCCGGGUUGGCUUUCAUGCGAUACCUCCAUUUCGACCCAGAAAGUCAUCCUGUGAAUGUCAGAAACGUUAGGGCGGAAUACGAUUUUGUGGUAGUAGGUGGCGGGUCUGCAGGGGCGGUGGUGGCAUCCCGUCUUUCAGAAAUUGGCAAUUGGACUGUGUUACUGCUAGAGGCCGGAGGCGAUGAGAAUGAAAUCUCUGAUAUUCCGUCCCUGGCCGGUUACACGCAAAUGACAGAGAUGGACUGGAUGUACCAGACGUCACCACCAGGACAAUCCGCCUAUUGUCUUGCCAUGAUUGGAGACAGAUGCAAUUGGCCUAGGGGAAAAGUUCUGGGAGGAUCUAGUGUCCUCAACGCCAUGAUAUACGUCCGUGGAAACAAAUUGGACUACGACAGAUGGGCAGAAGACGGCAACGAAGGCUGGUCAUACGAAGAAGUGCUUCCAUACUUCCUGAAAAGCGAGGACAACCGAAACCCCUACCUCUCCAAAACCCCCUACCACAAAACUGGCGGUUACCUCACCGUUCAAGAAUCCCCAUGGAGGACUCCCUUAUCCAUAGCUUUCCUCCAAGCUGGAAGGGAACUCGGAUACGAAAUACGAGAUUGCAACGGAGCCAAACAAACCGGCUUCAUGCUCUCCCAGGGAACCAUAAGACGAGGCUCCAGAUGUUCCACAGCCAAGGCCUUCCUUCGUCCUGUGAGAAACAGGAGCAACCUCCACAUAGCCAUGAACGCCCAAGUGACCAAAGUACUAAUAGAUCCUGAAACUAAAAAGGCUUACGGAGUCAAAUUCCUGAGAAACAACAGAUUCAAAACUGUGAGAGCCAAGAGGGAAGUGAUCCUUUCUUCGGGAGCCAUUGGAAGUCCACAGAUCCUCAUGCUUUCUGGAGUGGGACCCAGGGAAGAUUUGACCAAGUUCAAGAUACCAGUGCUGAGUGAUCUGAAAGUUGGUCAUAACCUCCAGGAUCACAUUGGUCUAGGAGGACUUACCUUCAUCAUAGACGAUCCAAUAACGUUCACGAAAAGCAGAUACCAAACGCCAUCUGUUAUAAUGGAGUAUCUGAUGAGGGAGCAAGGACCAAUGACUUCUCUAGGAGGUGUGGAAGGUCUAGCUUUCGUGAACACCAAAUACGCACCGAAAUCUGGUCUCUGGCCAGAUAUCCAGUUCCACUUUGCGCCAAGCAGUGUGAACUCUGACGGGACACAAGUGAAGAAAAUCACAGGACUCAGAGAUAGCGUGUAUAACACCGUGUAUAAGCCAUUGAAAGAUGCCGAGACAUGGACUAUCUUACCCUUACUCUUAAGACCGAAGAGUACAGGUUGGGUAAGAUUGAGAUCGAAGGAUUUCAAAGUGUAUCCUGAUAUAAAUCCGAAUUAUUUCACGCAUAAGGAAGAUGUGCUCACCCUUAUUGAAGGUAUAAGAAUAGCUUUGAAUGUAUCGGCAUCUCAAGCUUUCCAACGGUUCAAUUCAAGGCCGCAUACGAUGCCUUUUCCAGGGUGCAGGCAAUAUCCCUUCGAUUCCGAUGAAUAUUGGGAGUGUAGCCUUCGUCAUUUCACAUUUACCAUCUACCAUCCAACAAGCACAUGCAAGAUGGGACCACCAAGUGAUCCUGAUGCUGUCGUAGAUCCUAGACUCAAGGUAUACGGCAUACAAGGACUCAGGGUGAUAGAUGCAAGUAUCAUGCCAAAAAUAGUGAGUGGCAAUACGAAUGCACCAACGAUUAUGAUUGGCGAGAAAGGGGCGGAUAUGAUAAAAGAAGAUUGGGGCAUACCAGUGAGGUAGCACUGUGAAUAGCAUCAAGGUGUGCCCUAGUCAUUUGAGUAAAGCCACAUUAUUUCGGGAUUCUUUGAUUCCAUUUAUUUAUUUAAUUGUGUAUAUAUAGAGUCUUAGCCCAGUUGUAUAAAUACUGUAAAAUAUAUUUUUGUUAAUAAAGA